AACUGGAACUGCCCCAUAUGCAUGGAUCUUCUGUACAAACCUUGUAUCAACAACUGUGGCCAUACGUUCUGCUUCUGGUGCAUGCACAACUCCAUGAACCCAUUCCGUCCAUCGCAGUGCCCGCUAUGCCGGGCCGCUUACACGCACUUUCCCCGGGUCUGCGUUCCGCUCCAUUACUUCCUCGCAUCCUCCUUUCCAGAACAGUACUCCGAGCGUGAACGAGAGAACCGCGGUAAGGUUAAGAGGCCCUGCAUUCUCAGCUGCGGCUGCGUGGUGUGCAGGUCCUGUCUACCCGGAACUCCAAGGGCUUCCCGAGGAACACGAGCCCAGGGGGCUGCAGUAGCAGCUGUAGCAGCAGCUGCGGGCCAUCUGAUAACGUCGCCUACCGGGCCCGGAGCGUCACCGCCGCCGCAGCAGCAGCAGCAGCGGUCAUCUCGGGAGCACCCGGAGCAGCAGCAGCAGCAGCAGCAGGGCGUGUGUGGGCAUCUGGACCCGGACACGGACGGGCUGGGGAAGCUGCCCCGGACCUUGCCCCGGAGAGAGGGCUCGGCGUCGCCGCCGGCAUCGCCGCCGCGGCAACGGCAACCCGGGCGCCAGCAGAAGAUGGAGGACGAGGGUUACCAUCACGAUCAGCAGCCGAGGCAGCAGCAAGAGCAGGGGCGCAUCAUCGACAUCUGGCUGGCUCUUCGCGAGGAGAUGGCGGCGCAGGCGGACAAGUGCUUCACCUGGUACUCCGUGGGUUGUGACGACUGCGGAAUGUUCCCCAUUAUUGGCCGCAGAUACAGGUGUGUGGAGUGCACCGAGGUGGUCGGCUACGACCUGUGCGGGGCCUGCUACGACCGGGGUGCCGCGGGUCGUGGCCGCUUCAAUCAGCUACACCGCCCCGAACAUCGGGUGGUGAAAGUGGAGCCGUGCUUCGGGCAGGUGGCGCCGGCGGAGGCCCGCCGUGGCGGAGCCGCCGCCACCGCCUCUGCCGCUGGCGGCGCGGUGGCCUCGGCCUCCGCUGCGGAGCGGGUGGACGGUGGUGGCGGUAAUGGUGGUGGUGGUGGUAGUGAUGGUGCUGGUGUUGGUGAUAGACCCGGAGUUGCCGUGCUGGAGGGACUGCAGCUGCUGACGCUCAUGAACUAUCUGGAGGUUCUCCAUCCGGAGCUGACGGUGGAGCAGGCGACCACGCUGGUCAUUAUGCACCUGGGGGCACCCGGCGGACUACUGGAUUUGGCGGAAGCCGGCCUGCGUGGCGGCGGCGGCGGCGGCGGCGGCGCUGUCGGACGAGGAGGUGUUCGUGGAGCGCCCGCAGCUCGCAGCUCCCAUACCAACGUUGCCGGCGGCACUAGCAGUAGCAGCAGCAGCAGCAGCGCGGCUGCCGGCAGCAGAGGUCUUAGCUUCCGUUGGGGCUUGUGGUCGUUUUCCUCUGGCAGAAGUGGUGGCGGCACGGGGGGUGCCGGCGACGGAGCCGCUGAUGCGGCGUCGUCAGGCACUGUGGUCGACGGAAGUGGCGGCCGGCGGUUUGGCGGCGAUGGUGGGGGCGGAAGCGGACUACCCUGGUUUGCCUGGGCUUCUCGCCGCCGCGGUGGCGGCGGCGGGGACGCAGACUUGUCAUUGCGGCAACGCGCGUUUACCGGACUCCAGGAUGUCGUACGCAGAAAUAACGCCGAACAACAGGACACGCCACAACAAGAACAACAAGCGCAGCGGCUGCUGGGGGCUCCAUCUGACAACAAUGGAGACGUCACGCAGGAUAGGGAGACCCGGCAGCGGAACAGCAGCAGCAACAACAACAACAUCAGCAAUAAUAACAACAGCAGUAGCAGUAGCCGUAACAGCUGCUGUGUGCAAUGA